AUGGAUUGUGGCAUUGGAAACAGUCGGAGGUAUAUUAACGUGACCAACAUUGCAGAAAUCCUUGAAGAACACAAACCUGGUCUUGCUAGCCCGGAUAUCAUGCUUUUACUGGAUGUGAUUUUACGUCAGCUUUUUAUAGGUAAGCACCUAAAUUAUUGGUUAUUUCACUUUUGGUAAAAUAUCUGUUAAAUAUUAUACAAACCAACCGAACUACAUUAAGAUAGAGAAAAAUAUGCAUUAUGAUAAAUAAAUGCAUUGGUCGAUAACAAUUGAGACCAACAUGAAUGUUUAACUCAAUUUUUUUAUUUGACUUUUCAGGAAAGGCAAAAGUAAACCUCUGUCCAUAAUUGAAAAUGACCAAUCAGGCUCCUACGUUAACCUCUUUAUUGAUAUGGGUGACCGGAAUAGUGAUGUUGACCUGCACAUCGCAUCAGAAUUUGUAUGUCGUAUAUAUGCUGUAACCAAGACAAAAGAUGUCAAUGAAGCCCGAUACCAGAAACUCAUACAAAUGACUGGCAAAGUUGAUCAGGUAAUCAUGGUCAAAGGACAAAAAAUAUAACUUAUAAAAGUUUGAUAAUGCCCUUCGUAUUUGUCUAUUUUGACAUGCAAACAAUAAAUUUGUCAAGAAAAUCAUACUCAUAAACAAUGUAAACCUAGCUAUUCCAAAAGCUUUCUGUCAUGUCAUUGAUUCACUUUUAGAAUGAUCCGCUGGCAAAUAUCAAACGGAUAGACUGUUCUUUGCUGCCACCUUCUUUGCCAGCCCUUAUGAUGAAAAUUCGGCGAACGCAAUAUGUCACAGCAAUGUGGACAAUUUGUCACCAACAGAUUAUGGGUG